UAACCCGAAAAAAAGGCAAAGCCUUUUCAUCCGAUCAUGGAUCUUAAAAGAAAUGGGCCCAACACUAACAAGUAGGCCCAAUCCAACCAUAACCCAGACGACCAAUCAGCCAGACCAGACUUUCACACGGGCACGAAGAUCAAGAAAGAUAAGGAAGAACCAUCUCACGCGCUUCUACAACUUCAUACAACACACUCCAUUAGUAUAUCUCAUCUCAUCACCUUAUAAUUCUCUAUAAAGAGAGUUCACUCCACGCGCAAUCAUUGCGUAGAUCAGUUCCAAUCAAUGAAAAAAAAAUGGAUAACAGAAAUAUAAAAUAUAUAAAUAAAUUCAAUUAAGAGAUUUUGGGCUUUGAAAAUUGAAGGUGUUGAGUUUGAGAGAGAGAGAAGCUUGUGAGGAACGAAACUGAAUUUUAAUGGCGGAACCACUCGUGGUAGAUGGAGAGUACCUUAAGGAGGUGGAGAAAGCUCGUAGAGACCUUCGAGCUUUGAUCUCAAGCAAGAAUUGUGCUCCUAUCAUGCUUCGUUUGGCGUGGCAUGAUGCGGGAACUUAUGAUGUCAAUACCAAAACAGGAGGACCUAAUGGCUCAAUCAGAAAUGAGCAUGAAUUAGGCCAUGGAGCAAAUAGUGGCUUGAAAAUUGCUAUUAGCUUGUGUGAGGAAGUGAAGUCCAAACAUCCGAAGAUUACCUAUGCUGAUCUUUACCAGCUUGCUGGAGUUGUUGCCGUUGAGGUCACUGGGGGUCCAACUAUUGACUUUGUUCCAGGAAGAAAGGAUUCUCUGGAAUCUCCAGAAGAAGGGCGUCUCCCAGAUGCUAAACAAGGAGUAUCACACCUUAAGGACAUCUUUUAUCGCAUGGGACUAUCUGACAAGGACAUUGUGGCACUUUCUGGUGGCCACACAUUGGGAAAAGCACAUCCAGACCGAUCAGGCUUUGAUGGCCCUUGGACAAGUGAGCCUUUGAAGUUCGACAACUCAUACUUCGUGGAGCUACUGAAAGGAGAAUCAGAAGGACUAUUGAAACUUCCAACAGACAUUGCAUUACUGGAUGAUCCUGCAUUCCGAGGCUAUGUUGAGCUAUAUGCCAAGGAUGAGGAUGCAUUCUUCAAGGACUACGCAGAGUCGCACAAAAAGCUUUCGGAGCUAGGGUUCAGCCCGGUUCGGUCGAGCAACAAGGAAUUUGCAAAGAGUAGUGUGAUAAUUGCACAAAGUGCAGUUGGUGUGGCUGUUGCUGCAGCUGUGGUCAUCCUCAGUUACUUCUAUGAAGUUCAUAGAAAAACCAAGUGAUGAAUUAAUCAAUCAUUUAUAUAAUUAGUACAUUAAUGGGAACAUUAUUAACGCAAAUCAAAAAUAAUAAGUCCUCAUUUAAGAUGAUGAUGUUGUAGUCUUGACUCUUAGAAAAAAAAAACAAAAAACUUGUGGAUUUUGUUUCAAUUUUAAAAUAAUAAACAAUAAUGUCAUUAUUAUAAA